AUGGCGUCCUUUCCGGUUUGAUGGUGGCUUUUUUCUUUACAAAAUUUAAAAUGAGGACAUUAAGAAUAGACCAUCUGAAAUGAAUUCAGAAUUCGUUUGAAGCGAACAGUAUGUUCAGAAGAAUUCUAAUGGCAACAAUAACAAACUCUAAAGGCAAGACUGUGAUAGGUGACAAGACCAAUGCCACAACUUCCACCAUGGGGAAGAAGAAAGCCCAGAUCCGUGCCUUCAACUCCAAGAGCAGCCCAAUAUACAAGACGCAGUCGGACACCUCUCUUGUCAGUGGCAUGAGAAACCUUAGUCUCAGGGAAAAGAAUGACUCCCCAUCAAAGCCACCACCCCCAAGACGUGGAUUCUGCAGUGGCAAAACAACAAUACGGAACCUGUCUGAUGUGGCUGACGUGAUACGAAACCAACAGGUCAGAAAUGUGGUGAUCGUGGCCGGAGCUGGCAUCAGUACACCAAGUGGGAUACCAGACUUUAGAACCCCAGGAACUGGUCUCUAUGACAACCUACAGCAAUACAAGAUCCCUUACCCCGAAGCCAUAUUCGACAUUGACUACUUCCACCAUAACCCACGACCGUUCUUCACACUUGCCAAGGAGCUGUACCCCUCGCGGAAGUACCGCCCCAACUACAUCCACUACUUUGCCCGACUCCUGCAUGACAAGGGGAUGCUACUCCGCAUGUACACACAGAACAUUGAUGGCUUGGAGCGAUUGGCUGGUAUUCCACCAACCAAACUGGUGGAAGCUCACGGAACAUUUGCCACUGCAACGUGCGUCAUCUGCAGCCAGAAAUACAAGGGUGAUGACAUCAAGGACAAAAUAUUUGAUGACAAGAUUCCAAGAUGUAAACGAACUGCUUGCCCGGGAAUUGUGAAGCCAGAUAUCGUCUUUUUUGGAGAGGAACUGCCAAAACGCUUCUACUACUACCUCAAGGACAUGCUGCAGACUGACAUGGUACUUGUGAUGGGGACGUCGCUGGAGGUUCAACCAUUUGCUGGUAUCAUAGACAAUGUCAGAUGGAAUAUACCACGCAUCCUGUUUAACAGGAAUGCAGUUGGACCGUUCCGUCACAACAAACGUGGUAAAGAUAUUGUGGCUGAAGGGGACCUACUGGAGGUGAUGCAGAAGUUUGCUGGGAUGAUGAACUGGAAGCCGGAGAUGGCCGACCUGAUUACGGAGUGCGAGGGAGAGUUCAGAAUAUCAUACAGUAAUUUGAAAAUGGAACCACAGCACAGCGGUACCAGCUCGGUGUUUGAAUGCUGGGGCAACCCUCCCCCAGCCCCGGCAAAGACGAGCCCAAGUCCGACCAGUAAACCUAACCAGCCGUAUGCUAGCAUGUGGCGACAGAAAGCUCGUCUGGAUUUGUUCCGUGCCAACUUCUACUUCUCCAGCAGUGACAGCAUGUCUUCCACAACUGACAGUGAUUCAUCAGAAGAUGACAUACCUCAGAAGAAGUCGGGCUUGGGCUCCGGACACCGAAAUAACACAAGGUUUAGAGGAAUUAAAACAGACCCACCAAGUCGAAAAUUUGGUACAACCCAGUCAAAAAGGAACACACAGGUUACAGAUAGGAAACCAACUCAAGGAGCUUGGAUGAAGCAGCAUGUAAAGAAUGACAGUGGUGUUACUACUGGCUCACAAGCAAAAACAAAGACUACUGAAUCGGGAAAGAGAGAGCUGCCCAAGAGACGUAGUUCUUUAUCUUUACGAUCUCUUCCUGACUCUUCUGGACCUGUUACUCAAGGGUCUCGCCAAAGAGACCAGACGGCAACCCCAUCUUCUGAAACUUUGAGUGAUACUAAUGGUCGGGUAAGGGAUAAAAACAAGAGAAUUACUCCCAACGCAACAAAUCUUGUUUCCCAAAGGACAAGUUCAAGGGAAGCGCUACGCAAACCAUCAAAUGGUGUUUCUACUCGACAGUUGUACAACAGACCACCCAUUCAACCCUCUUCCAAAACAAGGGCUGCUCAACAGCAGAGAAAUAUUGACAGACAAAAGACUUUGUUCCGAGCAGGAUCGGCCGAGAUCCCUCGGUUGACGUAUCGACAUCAGAUUCAGAAACCUGUUCGUGAUGCACGGAUUCUGUCCUACGCAAACCGAAGUUCAGAUAGUUCAAGCGCCACUUCUUCAGAAGAUUCAGAUGAUUCCAGAUGAUGAGUUUCUGCUAUAGCAGUUAGCCUUACAUGUUCACUGUGAUACCGUAGUGUCUUGUAUACUGUAGGUGUAGAUGUCAUCCCAGAAAUAACUCAUGUUAUACCGUAGUGUCUUGUAUACUGUAGGUGUAGAUGUCAUCCCAGAAAGUAACUCAUGUUAUACCGUAGUGUCUUGUAUACUGUAGGUGUAGAUGUCAUCCCAGAAAUAACUCAUGUUAUACCGUAGUGUCUUGUAUACGUAGAGUGUCUUAGCUUAGCAGGACUGGACACUAUGGACCAGUGGUAUUACUGAUUUAUGUAGACCCACUCAGAGGUCAUGCUGAUAUUUAUGGGAUGGUAGAUUUGGCUUAUGUAAUAUCUAAAUACAGGACCAUUUAAAAUGAAACUUUAAUGCAAAGCUUUACAUUUCUGCUAUUAAUGCAGAGUUAAAAAGUAUGGUAAAAAUACUUCUGCAUUAAAGAAAAUAACUGCUUGUUCAUCAAAAUAAUGAUAAUGGUGCAGAUUACACUGUGUGACAGAAUAGGUACAGUAAGGCUUGGAGGAUGAACUUACACGGAUAAUCUUACAUUGACUGGUAGUACAAUGGUUUAGGUCCAGGCCCUUUAUAGAGUUACCUCCCUUAGUAAGACCAGAAUAUCCUGACAUGAUGUGAUCUAGAUUCAGUACCAGUCAAAGUUUCUCAAAGCCCAGCCAAUUUAUAGUUAACCCGUAAUAACAAGUUGUAUUCCAAACUUCAAACAUGGUGUUUGAAUGUAUGGUGGUUGAAAGUAUAUGGCUAUACUGCAUUAAUGAGCGAUGAUGACAAGCAGCCAUAACAUGGAUACCAGAGAUUUCUUCAAUAUAUUUUAUACAUAUGUCAGAACAUACAGUGAUUAGCAUACUUGAUGUAAUUGAUCAGUCUGGCCUGGUCAUAACAAGGUGAAGGUAAACAUGGGCAGAUAACUGUUCACAUACCCUGACCAUUAAAAGUGAAGGUCAGCAAGGGCAGAUAACUGUACAUAGAGGUAUUAAAUACAAAGAGAUACAGAUAAUAUUUUAUGUAGUUGUGAUCUGUCUUACUUGGUUAAUGUAAAUAUAUAACUGAAAUUGUCAAAGAGGUAUAAAAUACACAAAUCAUGUCCACAAGUUCCUCUUGAAUAGGUUCUCUUAUCUACCAUUUAUCAUAAUACACCUACCUUGUUUAAUGAAACAUUCUACUUAGAAAUAUGACAGUUUGACAAGACAGAAAGUUCGAAUAUCUGACUCAAGGUCUGUUAAAAAUAUUUAUGUUCUCAUACCAUCAUAUGUAGCAUUGAGCUCUGAUCUAGUAAUAUUUGUUUCUUUCUAUAAAGAUUGGCUCAUAAUAAUACAUUGCAGAAACAUGAAAAGGUACUGAAAUUGUUACAAAUAGUCUGAAAGCUUUCAGCACAGUCCAAACAAGUCAUCAUGAUUACUCAUGACGUUUUUGCCAUUUUGUCUCAACCAGAAUUGUUUAACUGGAACUAUUGAAGCCAGUUCUGUUUGCAAAUCCAUCCUAUGAACUGAAUUGUUUUCAAACUUGCCCUGUUGUCCCUGUAUAUUGGGAGAGUUGUGUGGAUAUUGUAUGACUGUGUGAUAGCCACUGUCUUUCCAUGUCAUGCCAAAGUCCAGGGCAGUAAGCCUGACUCUAGAGUAUUGUAUCCACAUUCCGUUAUGAUAAAUAAUGUGAACAAUUCGCCAACCUAGAUCCAUGUCAGAAGUAGAGUCCCAUCUAUAACUCAAAUGUUUCACAGAAUGUCUCAAGUUGAUGGGCUUGAAUUCUACAACCAGUGAUAUGUUAUCCAAGCAUAAAAGUGUCACAAAUGAAAAUUUAGCUGAAAAAAAUGUAUUCCUUACUGCUGAGAUGGAAUGGAUGCUGUUUGCUACCAAAUGUUCCAAAUGGUUAGUAACAAGAAUUGUCAGGUACUUCAGACAUUACAAAUCAGUGUUAUUUGAUUGGAUACUGAUUUGAUGAGCUGUGUUAAUCGAGGUGGACCUCAUCAUAACACAAUGGAGAUUUAAUACACUGUGUAUUCAGGGUGGUUGUAACAUUAUUAUUUUCCCUUGGAAUUAUUUUGUUCUUGUGCCAUGAAGGUGCCAAGGUUACUUACCAGUGCUUGUAUUUCGUGCCAGUGUUAAUAUGGUUAAGGGAAGAAAAUGUUUUUGAAUUUUGUGUGCUUUCCCCUCAUUUUUCAGGGUUUUCAAUUGGCGUUUAAAUCAAGUUUUGUUUGUGUGUCAGGCAUCCAUCUUGUUUUCUCACAGGAUUAUUACAAAAACAAUGAAAAAAUUGUGUUUUGAUUACCGUAUGUUAUAACUUAUCUUUUAUGUUUUCAUACAAAACAUUAAAAAAAUUAGGCAAGAGGCAUUUUAAUGUUUUGGAAAAAAUAAGAUCAGAAGUAAAUUUGUUUUUACCCAAACUUAGUUUGCAUAGCGUACAAAAACUGUUUCCAGUCCAUACUUCACCUGUCUUAAGUUAAUGUUACUGGCAAUGGACAUUCUGCUGGAUACAUGAUUAUAGAUUUAUUUGUAUAAAUGGAAAAAAGAAAGGAGGUAGCAUAGCACCCUAUUUGACCCACUGAAGUAUUGGUAUAAAAGUUAUUAGACAUGUUCAUGGCAGAUGACGAGCCUUUUUUCACUAUUACAGGAUCAAGUAUAAUGAUUGAUCAUAGCCCAAAUAUAUGAAAAUAACCAAAUGUUUUGAACUUUGAAGUUAGAUCUAAGUAUUGUAAAUUUAUAAUAAUCAGCUUAGGUCAAACACUUAUUUAUGUAUAAAUAUGAAAAAACACUUGUUGAAAGCCUCAAAUGUAAUUCUCAUUCAUGCACGCACAUUUGGUAACAUUCAUACUGAGUAGAAAAGGUUUUUCCAAAUUUCUUGGAAGUAUCUUCUAGACCAAGUUGUACCCCUAACAUAUCAUACCUUGUAAUUAUUAUAAUGGGAUGAAAUAUAUUAAAUACUGUUAAUGGCUGUCCAAUAAUGAAGAAGUUUUCACCAUGACACAUUCUAGUCUUUGACAAAAUGCAUUUAUAUGUACAACAAGAAUAUUUCAUAUAAGCAAGUGUAUAUGUUUGCACAGAUACUGUCUAUAAAUGCCCAGUCCCUUGGAAUAUCACUGUAUCAGCAUAUUAAUGUUGUAUUUUAUUUAAAAACAUGAAAACUCUCUAUAUUUUUCCAAAAUAUAAUGUUUGACUUAUUAAGGCCCCUGUAAAUAAUUAUUGUUUCUGUAACCUAACUGACCAGUUGUCUCACUUAUGUCCAAAACAAAUUUAAUAUAUAUAAUAUAAUAUAUGUAAAUAUUCAAAAAAGAAUGGAAAUUUCCACAUAUCACAGGUGCAAGCAUUUUGACCAUCAGUUCUAAGCAAGUCAUCUGUGUUAAAUAUUAGCUAAACGAAUCUAAAAAACCCCAAAACUUACCUUCAACCCAUAUCUGUUAAAUUAAGAUUUCCUGGACCACAAGUAGGUUACUCUUUCACCAUACUUAUGUACCAGUGGUGUGAAAACAGCAUAUGUAUAGCUGAGUAUAUGUAUAUCUCAGAUUGCAUGUUUUUGUAAUAUAAAUCUUGCUACCAUGACCUUUUUAUACUUAUGUUACCAAAAUGUUGUAUAGAUUUUCAAGAUGUUUGUACAUUUCAAUGUGACAUCUAUAGUAUUACCCGUCUUGUUUUUCCUGCUUCCAUUGUGUAUGUCUGUGAGUAUUACCUCCUCAUGUUGUAGUUUUGGAGGGAAUUAGGGAAUGGUUUUGUUCUUACCCCUAGUGCUAGGUAUGGGAGUUGAGAGUGAGAUAUUGUUUGCAUCAGGUUUUUUCAUCAGAAAACAGAUCAAUUCAUUAGUCAGGAAGGGCCAGUUGUACAUAUUUUAGCUUCCAUGUCAGUUAGUGGCCAUUCUUUUGGAAGAUGUCAAAUGAUUUAGGUAGUGGAUGAGUUAGGAUAAGGGACAUUGAUGACCAUCUGGAAAUGCAAAUGUAAACGUUUAUAUAAAUUAUUAGCCAUGUGCAAAUAACAGCCAACUGGCCUAGAUAAAACUAUAUGAAGAUAUUAUUAGGUUAAGUCCAGAUCUUUAACUGGACAAGACUUUAAAAUUGUUAACUACUGUUAAAAUGAACUUGCUAAGAUGAGCUGCAUAAUGAAGAGAGCAUGUAUUUUACUCCUCUUCCGUUGAUUCUGGCAUAUUUUGAGGUUUGUUUCUUGAAAUGGAAUAUUUAACAUGGGAGACUAUUUUUCAAUAUGUGCCUUAAAUUAGUAAAUGAUAAUGCUGGAUAUUGUCCUCUUUUAUUCCAUAGUAUUCCAUCAGUGCCCUAUUCAGACUGCUCUUGUCAUUUUAUAGUUUACAGAACUCUGAUAACCAUUGGAAAUAAUCAUUAAUUAGUUUAAUAUUUUCAAACUAUAUUUUGCAUACCGGGGGGUAGGUUGUUUUGAUCAUUUGGAUAAAUGUGUGAAAAUACCAAUUCUGUAAUUCAAUAUUAAUUCAGAAACAUCAUGUCAUUACUUAUGAGGGCUUUGCCCCAAGGGAGACUUGCAGUGUUUAGAGAGGAUAUAGAUGUGUUUCAUAAGUUACUGUUUAAUAAGGUAAUACAUAUGCUCAAAACUACCCAAGUCUUUCAAAAUUGAAAUAUUCAUAUUUUUUUGUAAAUCAAGUUAAGAUGGAUGGGCCAGGCAAGUAAAACUAAAUAAUUAUAAUCUUUUUUUUCUCAAUGUGGAUCUGGUAUUGCCAAUCUGUAAGCUGUAAAAUACAAAAGGGUGUCACCUCAGCAUAUCAUUGUUAUCAGAUAUAGACAACAUGCAGCUGAUGUACAGAUCAAGGUGCUGUGUCACGGAUGAGUUUACCUGAAUGCUUGUGGUUAUACUAGUAACAUAUAGAGAGGAAAUAAACUGACUCCAUUAUCAGUACAGCAAGUC